AUGUAAGAACCUGGUAAACAAAUCUCGCAAUUUCCUCAUAUGCACUCGUCAAGCUAGUAUUACUAGACAUACUUCCAUUUACUUUUUGCUGAGCUGAUAGAACUUCAUAACAUAAUCUGUAGCUAGUGGCUCCAUGUUGAGGGAAUUAUACCAUUUUAAAAUAUUAUGGUUGGAACUGUGUUGUGGACGAGGUUUUAUGAAGAACAGUCGAUAUACUCAGUUUUAGUCCAGAACCCCAUGCACUAAUCUUGUCUUACUACAUAUUUUUAUCUCCGUCAACUUCUGAUGAUUAAAUACUUAGCAGCUCCAAAAAUACUUGCAUGCAUGUACAGAGUGAUUUUCUUUCUUAUUUUUAACGCAAUAAAACAAUUUCUUGAAAAAGAAGAAGUUUAUUUCUAGUAUAAUGUUGGAAUAUCAUUUAUACAAAUGUUGAAUGCAGUUAGAAGUUGCACUAAGCAUUAACUAGAAGUAGUAACUUAUAUUGUGAACUGAUAUUUAGGAAAAAAGAAUAUCACGAAGCACAAAGUUAAAUUUGAUAUUAACACUCGACUUCUUUCAGACUUUAGCCGACUUUAGCCCUGUGAGAUAAACCUAAAGUUCUAUUGGUUUUAUCUUGGCAAUUUUCUAUGCCUAUGACAAAUAGACUUCACCAAUAUCCUUCAUCUUAGAGUAUUGCUAUAGAAAAUUCUUAGUUUCCAAGAUCAUCCCCAAAUCAUUGCUUUCAAUUACAAAAUCAUCAUGCCUUGGUGAUUUCUUUUGUCUGUCCAAGCCUUGGUGGAUAGAGUUACUUGGUACUUGUUGCUGGCGGGAGGUAGCAGGUAUACAGUGGAAUUAAUCGAGGUGCGCGAAAGCUGGCCGGGACACCACGGUUAUAAAAAAAAGAGAGUACAAAAUCAUCAAUAUACAAGCUAAGUUCUAUGAUGGACGUCAGCAGCGAUGUUCAAAUUCGUGCAAGUGGGGGCCUUUUAGCUGUGCUGGAGAAUGAGCGGAUCAUAGACACCCUUGAACUAAAUGAAAGUGGGAGUGCAUCAAUUGCAAUUGAUUGCAUCUGUGAAAUUUCGCUUGACAAAUUUCUCAAAGUUGAUUCAGCUGCUCAUGAAGCAUUACAAAUAUUCCAAAUAGACAAGCAUCCUAGCCAUAUGGGGAUAGGCAGAUCAAAAGAAGGGUUCUCUGUAUUUGGGACGAUGAAUAAGUGCGUAACUCCAAUGGGUAGACGUCUCUUGAGGAGCUGGUUUCUGAGGCCUAUAUUGGAUCUAGAUAACCUGAAUCGGCGUCUUGACACUAUAUCGUUCUUCCUGUCUGCUGAAGAAAUUGCAGUCUCUUUACGCGAAACACUGAAGUCUGUAAAAGAUAUUUCCUGCAUACUCAAGAAAUUUAACUCUCCAAGUUCUAUAUCUACAAGUGCAGACUGGGCUGCUUUUCUGAAGAGUGUUUGUGCUCUCCUGCAUAUCAGCAAAAUAUUCGAAGUAGGCAUUUCUGGAUCUCUGUACGAGGAAUUGAAGAAUUUGGACUUGGAUAUUAUUGAGAGGGCUGAUUUUCACAUUUCAGUCGAUCUAGCCUAUGUCUGUGAAUUGGUAAUUGGCGUGACUGAUGUUGAUAGAAGUAAAGAGAAGGGUUAUGAGACAAUAGUAAAAGAAGGUUUUUGUGAUGAGUUGGAUGAGCUGAGGCAGAUAUAUGAGGGAUUGCCAGAAUUUCUGGGGGAGGUUUCGGCCUUGGAACUUGCACGACUUCCUCACAUGUGUAGAGACAAGGAGAUCCCUUCUAUCAUUUACAUACAUCAGAUAGGUUACUUAAUGUGCAUUUUCAAUGAAAAACUCGAUGAAGAAAUGCUAGAGAAGCUUCAGGACUAUGAGUUUGCUUUUGCUGAUGAGGAGGGAGAAAAUGGGAGGUUCUUUUAUCAUACUGCAAAGACAAGAGAAUUGGAUAACCUUCUCGGAGAUAUAUAUCAUAAAAUCCUUGAUAUGGAGAGAGCUAUUAUGAGGGACCUAGUGUCACAUAUUCUUCAGCUCUCAGUGCAUGUGAACAAGGCUGUUAAUUUUGCAGCUGAGCUUGACUGUAUUUUAGCGUUAGCCUUGGUUGCACGUCAGAACAACUAUGUAAGGCCAAAUUUGACUAAAGAAGACGUGAUUGAUAUAAGGAAUGGAAGACAUGUUUUGCAGGAGAUAACAGUAGGCACAUUUAUUCCCAACGACACAAAAGUUUCUCAUGAAGGAAGAAUUAAUAUCAUCACAGGCCCUAAUUAUUCAGGCAAAAGCAUCUAUAUCAAGCAGGUUGCGUUGAUAGUUUUCCUUUCCCACAUUGGAAGUUUUGUACCAGCAGAUGCUGCCACAGUGGGUUUAACUGACAGGAUAUUUUGUGCCAUGGGAAGUAAGUUUAUGACUGCUGAACAAUCAACAUUUAUGAUUGACCUGCACCAAGUGGGAAUGAUGUUAAGGCAUGCAAGUCCUCGGUCCUUAUGUUUGCUGGAUGAGUUUGGUAAAGGCACCCUUACAGAAGAUGGUAUCGGUCUCCUUGGUGGAACCAUAAAUCACUUUGUGUCAUGCUAUGACCCUCCAAAGGUCCUGGUCUGUACUCACUUGACAGAGAUAUUUGAUAAUAGUUGUUUAUUGGAGUCAGACAGAAUCAAGUGUUACACGAUGAGCGUGCUAAGCCCGGAUAAAGAUUGUGCAGAUGUUGAAGACAUCGUAUUUCUCUAUAGGUUGGUCCCAGGACGUGCCUUCCUUAGCUAUGGGUUGCACUGUGCCCAGCUAGCUGGAUUACCUCACGAAGUUCUAAAGCGAGCAGCAUUAAUAUUGGAUACUCUCAAGAAUGACAACCAAAUUGAGAGACUUCGCAGGGAUAAUGUAAUAGCUCGUGAUCAGCAGUACAAGGAUGCAGUGGAGAAGUUCCUAGCGUUUGAUGCUCGGAAAGGUGAUCUGCUCCAGUUCUUUGAAGAGAUCUUUCCUACCCAAUCCUAAAAGAAAUCAUAUUCCUUUGAAUUUGUCUUUCAUAUUCAGUUCUAACUCGGUUAUAUUUGAUCAAUGAUGCAAAAAUGUAUCCAUGAAUCUUUUUGCGGGACUCAUAAUGUAAGGCAAAGUUGGUAUCUUCUCUCAAGUCGCUUUGAGCUAUGUAAGGCAAAUAAUUUGGUUAUUUUGAUAAAAGAUACUCUAAUGUCGUCAA